AUGGAUUUUUAUAGUGCCAAUACCAUUCAAAAUGUUGUGCUUUUGCCUAGUAAUGAAAUAGCACCAAAAAUAGCACCAAAAGCACUUCAUUUACCAUGGUACAACAACCCGUUAAAGUUAACUAAUAUUCUUCUUAAAUCUCUUCGAUGUAAAUUACAAAAGAACUGCUGCGAGGAGGAUCGAGGUUUCGACGUAUAUUGCGUUAUUAUAAGAAGCAUCGCUUUGUUGAUGACUGCAAAAGAAUCAUUGAUAUUGCCACAAAGGUUCCCAUUUCGUUCGGCCCAGCUAUCGUUCACAUACUUAUCGAAUCGUCUUAGUGGGAGUCAGCAAAAGGCCACAAAUUCUCAUCAGUUUAAUCAUCAAACUCAUCGCAUUCAUAGUAGCAGUAACAACAGUAACAGUAAUAACCGUAUUCCAUUAAAAAAAGACUCGCCUAAACAGCAGACCCAACAUUUUUCUUUUGCUAAUACUGGGCCUUCCAAUAGAGACGAAUUGUUAUCGAUUGUUCGCAAAAUUGAUAAAUCAAAUUUGAAGUGUUGUGAUUGCGACAAUACUGUAACUGUAGAGUGGGUGUCAAUAAAUUUAUUGUGCAUACUGUGUAUCAAAUGCUCGGGCGUUCAUCGAUCUUUGGGUUCACAUAUCUCUAAAGUUAGGUCUUUGACGCUGGACAAUUUCACCUCAUUGGAAAUGAUGCAUCUUUUACAGAAUAAUGUCUCCAAUAGUAAUGUUAAUGCCAUUUAUGAAAGUAACCUUCACAACUUUUCGAUUAAGAAGAUCACCCCAAAUUCCACGGAUUCAGAAAGAUCAAAAUAUAUUAUCGAUAAAUAUCAACUUAAGAAGUUUGUCAUUGAUAGCAACCAAGGCAGAGAAACUUCUUUAAAAUCUUUGAUCAAAGCCAUCCAUUUAGAUAGUAUCUUCAUGAUGCAAAGAGCCAUUGCACAAAGCAAAUAUUCUUUAAGAGAAUUGACGGCAAGCGAGAAAGAGAAGAAUGAUUUAAGCCAUCCGUCCAUUUUUCAGUAUUCCUUGAAACAUUACGAAAUUAUUAACGGAACUCCCAUCUUCUUCAUUACAGAGUUUUUAUUGUGCAAUGGUAUUCAUAUAGAUAACUUACCGAAAAUUACUACGAACUGGUCUCCGAAAGUAUUGCAGUACUGGCGGAUCAAGCUGGAAAUGUACGGGACAUUUCAAGGUGUAACAGAUUCCCGUCCGAAAUCAGGGUCGCAUUUAAAUAUGCAUUCUAACGCAAAUUCAACUUCGUCCUACAAUAAGAAACAGGAUUUGAAACUAAGCAUACCUGAAAGAAGUGCUUCUGCAAGUAAAAGAUGGAGUUUGAGUUCCAUUCCCAAAUCUUCUCAAAAUUUGAUGUCCCCCACAAACUUAUUAUCAAUGCAUAAAUCUCUAAAAUUGACGAAAAAGGACAAAAAGUAG